UCUGCAUCUGAAGAUAGUGCCAACAAGUUGUCCAUUGAGCACCAAAAAGUCCUAGAAAGCCAAUCAAAACUGGAACACAAGAACCUAUCUCAUCCCCUUCUAUAUGAUGCAAUACCACAGACAGUCUUAGUUGACUUCGACGGCAAAGAUGGCCCCUACCGUCCCAUGAAUUGGCCAUUUUGCAAGAAAGUCACCACAGCAGUAUUGUACAGAUUCACUACCUGUUGGAUAACCUUCGUACCGGCCAUUCACGCUUCAGUGCUGGUACAAGUUUCGAAGAAGAUCCAGGUUAGCGACGAGGUUGCAGCGUCCGGUAUCAGUAUGCUCAAGUUCGGGUUCAGACUCGGGUCCUUGGUCUGGGCACCUCUGAGUGAAAUAUACGGUCGUAAGGGGGGUGGUUAUCCUAUUCAUCAUUGGCGCCCUGUUCUUGGCAGUCUUCCUUUCAUCUCCCUGCUGAUUAGAAUCUUCUUUGCGGCCGGCGUCAAAAUUUAUAACACCAAAUAUUAUUUCGAACAGUUCAAGGCGAAUGGCAACAGACCAGUUCCAGAAGCAGGUCUGUCACCCAUGAUGGUAGGAGGGGUUUCUUUUACGUUGGUCGACAUUAUCACACGAUUUAGUACCAGUGCUGUGGCUUCCAAUACAUUCGUAAGGCCCAUGUCUGAAAGUGCAUUCCCAUUAUCCAUCAUGCUUAUGCAUCGUGAUAUUGGCGUUGUGUGGGGUACCACGAUUUUUGGAUGUUUUGCUGCCUUAUUGAUCACUGUUCCUUUUCUGUUCUUCUUUUAG